UCAAGGCUUAUUUUCAUAUUUAUAUAGUUUUUCGAAAUUCGAGUUCGAUUCCACUUUUUUCCUGGGUGUCUUUUUUUAGAAAAGAAAAAAGAGUAGGAAGCACGAAUAAUUAGAAUAAUCAAAUAAUGAAAAUACAGCAAACUAAGGAAAAUACCUUCCUCGGCAUCGCCGUACAUUCGCUUCGAUUAUUAAAUUUAAUUCUCUCGUUUUCGAGGACACUUAACUUUCUUCCCAGCUAGAUAAAUUGAUAAGAUAAAAAAACCAAUUUACGCGGUAGAUAUCAGAAACAAGACAUGAAUUCUGGUGGGAAAUUUGUCAGUGUCAUCAUCAACGCCAGGCAUUAAACGACAAUGCACAGCAAUUGACGUCAAAGUUUUUAUUUAUGUCUCUUUGCCUUCUGUGCCUUUAAGUGUUUGUAGUGGUAGCACUGUUAGUGCAUGUUCAAGAAGGGAAAAUACAUUGUGGUGUCUGGCUGUUCAAGGUAGACAAGAGGCACUUUUUCUACGUUACUGACAAAUAAUCUCGGACUGAUUCGCGUGAUAACAGAUUCGUUCCGGCAGUGAAAAGUGCGAUUGAAAUUUUGUGAGUGUAUUUGUUUUGUGCCGAGGAUACCAGAGUUACUCUAGGUGUCGUCAUUGCCUGAUCGCAAGCAAGAGACGGCCCAGACUGCCUUCGAAAUGCUCAGUUUGCUAUAUUUAGCGGGCACCCUCGCCUUCGUUAACGCAGAGGUAACCUACUUCGGUCCAGAAAGCGUUCGGAAUGGUACGUCGUGGACAAUUUCUUGCACUGGAUUUCAGGGCAAGAGUGAUAUAUAUUGGACGAAAAAUGGUGUUUUACCAGAAGAACUAUCUAAAGGAGAUUUCCAUAUAGAAAAAAGUGAUACGUUUACUAACAUCAGCACUGACAUCGGUUUGGAGAUCCACGAGGGUGUCUAUAAAUGCGCGAGAAGCGCCAACAACACAUUUCGAUUAAUUAUUACAACCGAUAUCAUAUAUAAAGUGGUGCCUUAUGGAAACGAAUUUGUGAAAAAUAAGAAAGGCUAUACGUUGAUUAAUCCAGUGCCGUUACAAUGUGGAAAUUCCACUGCCAAAGACACUGUGGAAUGGACAAAGGAUGGAAAAGUUAUCGAUCAAACGCAUACGGAUAUCGAAAACUGGAGGAUAAAUGAAUCACGAGUUCUCGAGCUGCUUCAAAACAAUCCUGUUGUCAUUGGAAAUUACACAUGUCAAAACAAAAAUCAAAGUUUUUCCCUUCGCUUCAGAGUUGUUCCUAACCCCGUUCCAAAAUUCGAAAACACCUUCCAAAGUGUUGUGGAGGGUGAAAAACUCACCUUAAAUUGCGGUGGAAAUCUCUAUCCCGGAAUAAAAAUCGAAUGGGAAUUCAAUGAUUACAAAUUCAAUACAUCUGAGGGAAGAUAUCAACUCUCACGUGACAUGGAGAAUGGAGUGAGCGGUGGAGUUUUGACCGUGUCAAACAUGAAAAUGACCGACAGCGGACAUGUUGGUUGCAGGGUUUAUUACGAAGAAAACGAGAAGUACAAUGCUACUGUUUCAUCUGAGUUGAAGGUGAAAGACAAGCUUGCUGCUCUUUGGCCCUUCCUCGGCAUUUGUGCGGAAGUUGCUGUUCUCUGCGCCAUAAUCGUCAUCUACGAGAGAAAGCGUAACAAGGCUGAACUUGAGGAGUCGGAUACGGAUCAGAGUCCAGACACGAAACCAACACCCAACAAGGACUCUGAGGUUAGGCAAAGAAAAUAAUCGCCACGUGAGAUAGCAGCGACGUAAGAAAGAUGCAGAGAGAAGUAAGGUACUUAGCCAAGAAAUGUUGUACAAUGAAGAUCAUCAAAACUGCUGAAGGGUUACACGCAAUUUUUUUUUACGAUUCGUCAGUUGUGAGAAGGUGAACAAGUCUUACUUAAGAUCGACGAAUAUUAUAUUAUAUAUAUACAGAGUCGUUUGAAGACUCUCUAGCUUACGUUUUCUUGGAAUUAUUCCCGGGAAGCAAAGAGUGAUAAUGACGAGAUAAGCACUAAUUAGACAUUUUUACGCUUACUUCUCAAAUACGUCGCCCGUUCGUGUUGCCUGCUUUGCGUAACACGUACUAAGCAAUUAGCAAUUUUUAAAUUGUACAUGUCAUUUUUUUUGUUAAAAAAAACAAUGUAUUAUCAUUUAUUGCCAUUACUACUAUUAAUUCUUAUUAUUAACUAUACAGAUACCGUUAUAUAAUGAUUUUUGAGUAUUAUGACUACUAUUAUGAUUGUUAAUAUUACCGUUACUACUUUUAUUGUUAAGAUUAUUGUUAAGACCGCAAACCAUUAGCAUUAUUAGUGCACGACGAUCGUGCCUAGCGGAAUGUGUCAUUAAAGGCGUUAUUCUUUAUUUCUUCGGGAGAUCGUGAAUAUUAUGCUGCAUUUUUAAAAAAAAGAAAAUUGUGGAAGAAAAAAGUAACGAUAAUUACAAUUGUCGUCUUCUUUGGCGAAAGAGUUGCUGCUUACCAAAAAAAAAUGAGAGUAAUCUGCUGAAGCGCUUGUGUGAAAGAUAAUUUAGGAAUUGUUAAAUAAUAAGGCCCAUUGAUUAUUAUUAACCAUCGAAGAAUUUUAAUACUUUGUCAAAAUUUAUAUUCUUCCAAUAUAAAUAAUUUAUAUGUUUUCCAAUUUUGGGAAAUUUAUGGAAUUGGAUACAUUAUUUUUAAUUUGUUACUUUGCAAAAAGUUCAUGAAGAAGGUGCUCAAAUUAUUUCUUAUAUUAAGAUUUUUUUAAACUGAAUUUAUCUUUAAGAAAACACUGAAUUUUAGCGUAUUCCACAAUUUUUUUAUUCCUUUUUUUUAUUCAAUUCCUCGAAAUGAAAAAAGUACAAGUGAAUUCAUUUUUUUAAUUUUUAAUUAUCAAUUAUUAAUUACUAAUUACAUUUAUUAAACGAAGUUUUUUUAUUUUCUUGAAAUUUGAGCAAAUGUAUCAAUUCACAAUGUAUUUUAAUCACAAGUAUCGUGUCAUGCUUCUAAAGAGCUUCUUUUUUUUUUAUAGAAGAAUGGGUUCAACUAUUAGAAAUUGUAAAUUAGAUAAAUUGAGCCGAAAAACUCGAUAUCUGAACAUUAGUGGAAGUUUUUUGUUUGUGUAAUAGAAUGGAAAGUUCAGUUUGUAGAUAGCAUCUCACAAUAUACUCGGUAUCUUAUCUGGAGAUAAAUUUACAAUCAGUAUAGAAAUUAUAUAUCUCGGUCUUGAAAUAGAGAAACAAUUACUCCCUAUUGUUAUAAGAAAAACCUGCCUUCAUACUCGAUAAAUUCUGAAAGAAUCUAUUUUCUAUCCUGCGGGCGGAAGCGAACGAGCGACGUUAAAUUUUGACUUUGACUAUUAUAAAAAUUUCAUUCAGUUUAAAAUAUAUUUAUUAUUUAGUGACAUUUUUCUUUGAGGAAAAAUUUUGCUAGGAUACUUCUGGCAAAUGUGGGAAGUGUUGUUGCACUUUCUCUCUCAAAUGAGUGCUAGAAAUAAAAAAAAAACUAUUGAACUGUGUUUCAAAUUGAAAAAAAAUCUUAUAAAUAUGUAUAUCUAAUGUAAUACUAUGUGAAAUACCGUUGUAAUCUGCAAUUACAUAUAAAUUCUUAAGCAAUUCUACUAAACUAGAUAUAAAUUUGUAAAAUUUCACAACCAUUCUAGGUUUCUAUAUUGUCGAAUGUGAACUUGUAGCCUUUACGAUCUCCCGACUCGAAAACAUUAAGAGCCUUUGACAUGCUUUUUAUGGUCUUUAAAAAGAAUAAACGAUAUUGAAAUGUUAA